AUGGAUGAGGAAGACGCAGAAAAGACGGCUUUCAUUACACUGUGGGGUGUAUAUCAGUACAGGGUGAUGUCGUUUGGCCUCAAGAAUGCGGGUGCCACCUACAUGAGAGCUAUGACGACCAUUUUUCACGACAUGAUCUAUAAGGAGAUUGAAGUGUGCGUGGAUGACGUCAUAAUCAAGUCCCGCGAGAGUUCAGACCACUUGACACAUCUAAAGAAAUUCUUUGAUCGUCUGCAUCGUUACAACUGGAAGUUGAAUCCUGCCAAAUGCGCUUUUGGAGUACCAGCCAGGAAGUUGUUGGGAUUUAUAUACGUGCAGAAGUUGUGCAAAAAAUUUCGUAACAUCGAGUUCAGACAUUCUCCUAGAAUACAGAAUGAAUUGUCCGUUGUUCUUGCCACCAUCUCUUCGAUGAUUAAACAUCCGGAAACAGAUUAUAUUGAUCCUCUGGAUAUAGAGUUGAAAGGACAUCCAAUCCAUUGUUUCCAUGUUGAAACAGAACCAGACGGUUUGCCUUGGUAUUUUGAUAUAAAGAAGUAUUUGGAAUCUGGAACUUAUCCUGAAGAUGCUACGGCCAACCAACAGAAGUCGAUACGCCGUGUGGCUCUCAAUUUAUUUCUAAGUGGAGAAGUACUUUAUAGAAGGACUCCAGAUUUGGGUCUUCUAAGAUGUAUUGAUGUUGUUGAAGUUGUGAAGCUUAUUGAACAGAUACAUGCUGGAGUUUGUCGUACGCAUAUGAACGUGCUCACUUUGGCAAGAAAGAUCCUACGAGCCGGGUAUUUCUGGAUAACUAUGGAGAAUGAUUGUUGCAAAUUUGUGCAAAAGUGCCACAAAUGUCAAGUGCACGAUGAUUUGAUCAGUGUGCCACCUCACGAACUUAAUUCUAUAAGUUCACCUUGGCCAUUCGUAGCUUGGGGAAUGGAUGUCAUCGGUCCGAUAUAG